GAAUGGAGAAAGUCGAUUGGUUCUGCAAUGGAUCAACGUGUUUUUCGGUGCUACUGUUACUUAACCCACGUGCUUGUUGUGUGGCUGAUAGUGAUGAACUUCGUAGUACCGCAUGAUAUUAGUGAAAUAAUUAAAAUUCAAGCUCCCCGCAUUGUGCCAGAGCGGGCUGAUCUUACGCUGGAGUGCGAGCUUCAAGUGCAUGACGAUCAAGAAUUAUCCAUUAAUUGGUACUUUUCGGAAAUAAAGACCCCUGUUCAGUCCAUCUCAAACAUGCAAGCAGCACAGGCUAGUGGGAAAAGCACUCUGCUCAUCAAAAGCGUCCUUAAACAGCAGAGUAACUUGUACUACUGUUGCUUGGAAAGUGCCACAACCGUACCGAAUGGAUGCGUUUCACACAGCUUACUCGUGCUGUACACAACACUCGAACAGAGGAUAAUGGAAAUAGAUGAAAGUACGGCUGUGCUGGUCCUUACAAGAUCUGCAGACGCUACACCAGCUGCGGAGGACAGCACUUUAAGCUUCGCCAUUUGUUUGCGCUAUCGUUGGAAGUUGGAGCAGGUGCAACUAUUCGCCUUUCCGGACACUUUAAUCCAGGAUAGCCAUCCGAACGGCUCGCUAGACGUGGAGAAGGGCACCGAAAAGCCACUCUGUAAAUACAUGAAUUACAACGUGGAAGCCACAUCACCUACCGACAAUCGGUUGUUUUUGAUUAAAUCCAUUGACCUUCGACGGAUGUCUACAGUAACGUACCAUCUGCAUGUCUUUUUAAAUGGGAAACCGAAACCAAAAAUGAAUGGGAUGACGGUUCUACCAGACGAGGGAUCUUUUGAGAUAUUCUGCUGGGGUACAGCAUUUCCUGCCCCGAGAGUAAAAUUCUUCUUCACACCGUGCCCAUCCCUUGAGUGGCAUAAUUGCAACAAUCCGCCAGUACAAUUGGAUGAGGUAAUCUCCACCAGCAGUACGAUCACCUUCAACGAAAGUCUACCAGUGAGCUUCGGAUCACACAUCACAGCAGGAAUAGUGCAGUGCCAGGCGUCCAAUGCCGACGGUACCGCCAUCGCUCACUCCAAGAUAUUCAAGCACCACCAGCGCAUGGUGAUGAGCCUGCAAAUCCUACACCCAACCGACACGAUCUAUCAGGGGGACUCCAUCAUCGUUCAAUGUUCCGCCGAUCGGCACAUCUUCACCAACAGCUUCACUUUUCGCACGGAAGACGAACAGCGCUCUAUUGCCUUACAUGACGUACCAGACGCAGAACAUUCCUUCAAUUGGGUUGCAAAUUUUACGAUAAGCAACGUCACGAUAACCGGCGACUAUGGGGUAGAGUGUGAAGCGAUGCAUCACAAUGGAACGUUGUCGAGCCGGCGCUUAUCGCUGAAGAUCGUACGACCCUACCUUACCGUUCGGGAACGGUUGAUACGCGUGGUUGCUAGAGGUGAUCCGGAGCCGUUGCUGCUGAGCUGCAAUGCCGCAGGACGUCCAAUGCCACAGUACCGGUGGUACAGGAAUGGGGAACUGCUGCCCAACACAAACUUUAUGCUGGUGGUAACCUCUUCAGUGAAGGAUGAGUACGCUUGCUACACGUGGAACAGGGCGGGCGAGGAGUGGAUUAGAUGGGAUAUAGUGCACCGGGAAGAAGCGGACGAACACGUGCUUUAUCAAAGCAUUGUAGCGGGCGUACUUUUUAUCAUAGCUGUUUUUGGAUGUAUUAUGUGUUAUAUAAAAAUUAGACAACUUUACACGCUUCUUCGUAUUUAUAGAGCUGCAAAAAAUCGGCAAUCCUCAUUGUAUGCCAAUAAUUUAUGUCAAGAGCUCCACACUCACGAAUAAAGUA